AAAAGGCUCUGUAUGUUUUUGCUGGAAAAUCUGAAGAUAACAGCGCCAAUCAACAUUAUAUUAAAUAUUUCGAAUAAAAUUUCCAGUGGAGGUUAUAUCUGGUACAAUUAAGAAUACAAGUGCAUUGUUUUGCUUACGUUUGAAGAUUCAUUGCGCUUUAAACCCUGAGAGCUGUUAUGAUGAGUUCAGCAGGAGACGGACAGUGCUCCUCUAGGACGUCUCAAUCUCCUGAUCCCUCACAGCUGUAUGAAGACGUGAAAAUUGAGAUUUCAGAUGGAGGGACAUCUGAAGUGUCAGGAGUCUGUGUGAAGAAAGAGGAGACACUGGAGUUGAACAUCUACAACCUUGAAAACAACCUCGAGAACCCACCUGAAGUUCUCGCCGUUAAAGAGGAAGAUCCUGACAAUAAAUACUACCUCUAUUGUGAAGUUUGCAAAUCCUUCUUCUUUCACAAGUGUGAGCUUCACGGACCACCCCUCUUCAUCCCUGAUACUCCUGUUCUCGUGGGAGUUCCUGACCGAGCCAGGCAAACACUUCCUCCUGAACUAGAGAUUCGGAAGUCCGGUAUUCCUGACGCAGGCCUGGGAGUGUUUAAUAAGGGGGAGACUGUUCCAGUAGGUGCACACUUUGGACCCUACCAGGGAGAGCUGGUGGACAUAGAGAAAGCCAUGAAUAGCAGAUACUCCUGGGUGAUAUGCAGGAGCAGGCAGUGUGAAGAGUACAUAGAUGCCACAAGAGAAAUGCAUGCAAAUUGGAUGAGGUAUGUGAAUUGUGCUCGUAAUGAUGAAGAACAGAAUCUUGUGGCGUUUCAGUAUCGAGGGGGAAUUCUGUAUCGUUGCUGUCGACCCAUUAACCCAGAACAGGAGCUCUUGGUGUGGUAUGAUGAGGAGUAUGCCAAAGAACUAAGUCCUGUGUUUCACAAGCUCUGGAACAAAAAGUGUUCCAUGAAUGUUCUUUUCCUGCACAACAUGACCUUUUUCCUAAUCACCCUACAUUUACCUAGACAAACACAUCCAGAGAUGCUACUUUGAAGAGUAUUUGAAGCCAUACGAAUUGGGAGAUAUUAAACACGGUCUUCAGAUCCCCUCCAAAGGCUUCAGUAGUCAGCCAACAUCAUCUGAUACUCUCAGUUCUGACACUUCUAACAAUGAUGACCAAAAGGAAAUUUACCAUUGCUCAGGACAUGGAACGAAUUUUGGUCAUCGGGGUGCUCAACAACAUGAACAAGUUCACCCAGGAGAGGAGCCAUAUCAAUGCUCCCAGUGUGGAAAGAAUUUUACUCAUCAGCGUAAUCUCCAACAACACCAGCGCAUUCACAGAGGGGAGAAGCCAUAUCACUGCUCUCAGUGUGGAAAGAGGUUUACUCAUCAUAGUAAUCUCCAACAACACCAGCGCAUUCACACAGGGGAGAAGCCAUAUCACUGCUCCCAGUGUGGAAAGAGUUUUACUCAACAGAGUAAUCUCCAACAACACCAGCGCAUUCACACAGGGGAGAAGCCAUAUCACUGCUCCCAGUGUGGAAAGAGUUUUACUUAUCAGAGUCAUCUCCAACAACACCAGCGCAUUCACACAGGGGAGAAGCCAUAUCACUGCUCCCAGUGUGGAAAGAGUUUUAUUCUACAGAGUGAUCUUCAGCGUCACCAGCGCAUUCACACAGGAGAGAAGCCGUAUCACUGCUCCCAGUGUGGAAAGAGUUUUACCCAACAGAUUCAUCUCCAACAACACCAGCACAUUCACACAGGAGAGAAGCCGUAUCACUGCUCACAGUGUGGAAAGAGUUUUACCCAACAGAUUCAUCUCCAACAACACCAGCGCAUUCACACAGGGCAGAAGCUUUAUCACUGCUCACAGUGUGGAAAGCCUUUUACUCGACAGGAUUAUCUCCAAAAACAUCAGCGCGUUCACACAGGAGAGAAGCUUUAUCACUGCUCACAGUGUGGAAAGAGUUUUACUCAAAAGAGUCAUCUCCAACAACACCAGCGGAUUCACACAGGGGAGAAGCUUUAUCACUGCUCACAGUGUGGAAAGAGUUUUACUCAAAAGAGUCAUCUCCAACAACACCAGCGCAUUCACACAGGAGAGAAGCUUUAUCACUGCUCACAGUGUGGAAAGAGUUUUAUUCGACAGGAUUAUCUCCAAAAACAUCAGCGCAUUCACACGGUACAGAAGCCUCAUCACUCCUGACAGUGUGGAAAGCGUUUGUCAUUAGGGUUUUCUCUGCAUUUACCUGUGCAUUCGCACCAGAGAAAAGAAGAAUCACUGCUUACAGAGAGGCAACACAUUUAUUCAGUUACAUUUAAGACGCACGAGUGCAUGAACUCUGAGACAUUGCAUGGUUUCAAGUUAUCAAAUUAUGUUUGUCAAAUACUGUUUUUUCCUGGAAUUAAUCUAUAUUUUGAAAGGUAUAUUUCAUUUUAUAUUUAUCUUGACUUUUUGUGGAAGGCAGUAUAUGUAAACUUAAUGCAGUGUUUAAAAUUAGACUAUUGAUUGCAUUUAUUUAUUUUUUUGCUUGAACUUAAGUAGUCAUCACACAAGCCUUCACCACACAAGGCAGGCAUUAACUGCACUACUAAUAUCAGUGUAAUCCAGCAGCAUUACACUAGAACAGAACCAGUGAGCAACCAGAAAGUUUACUCGCCAGUAAACUUGAGUCACAUGUAAAUUAGGGUGACCAGAUUUCCCUAGUCUGAAACCGGGACACUUUUGCGCGCGACCAUGCUCGCGCACGCACACCUUUUUUUUACUUAAAUGUGACACUCAGAGAGGUGCUCUUAUCAUUUUGUUGACGCUCACAUUUACCAACAUCUCACAUGAAAUAAAACAAACAGGCAUUUUGUUAUCUAGUAGCAUCGUGGUAUACAGAUCAGUUAAAUUACGGUCAGACAACAGAUUUUGUAAUGGCUGAGAAUAGGCCAGGCUAUGUCCCUAGGCCAAAUUUAAACUGAUUUAUUUCACCUGUUGGUGAGAACACCAAGAAGAAUGCAUAUGCAGGCCUCAUCUCAUCUCAUUAUCUCUAGCUGCUUUAUCCUUCUACAGGGUCGCAGGCAAGCUGGAGCCUAUCCCAGCUGACUACGGGUGAAAGGCGGGGUACACCCUGGACAAGUCGCCAGGUCAUCACAGGGCUGACACAUAGACACAGACAACCAUUCACACUCACAUUCACACCUACGGUCAAUUUAGAGUCACCAGUUAACCUAACCUGCAUGUCUUUGGGGGAAGCCGGAGCACCCGGAGGAAACCCACGCGGACACGGGGAGAACAUGCAAACUCCACACAGAAAGGCCCUCGCCGGCCACGGGGCUUGAACCCAGAACCUUCUUAUUGUGAGGCGACAGCGCUCACCACUACACCACCGUGCCGCCACAUGUAGGCCUUAUCUCUAAAAUUGUAUGCACUAUAGCAUGAACUUAAAAAGUAGAUAUGUGACCUCAACAUAGCCUAGGUCAGAAUCAACCUUACUAACCAUUCCCCACAACUGAAUGAAUAAAGCAAGAUGUGUACAAAAGUGAACACUUUAAUGGAAGGUGCAACAAGGUGUUCAACACAGCAAUGUGGCCAAACUGUCAGAAUGGUAUGUUAAACAGAAACAAAAAAGAGACAAGUGAUUUGAGAAUAUACACUCAAACAAAACAGCAGUAAAGGAGGAGAGGGGCGACAGCCCGAGGAAAGCCCCUACAGGAGCGCACAGCUUUUGCAACAUAGGCUACCCAGCUCAGUACAAGAACAAAGCACAGGAACAAAGCUAAGGAGACUGUCAAUCCACCCACCCUAAACAAAAUUCAUUAGCCUAUGUAUAUUUACUUACAGUGUGUGCAGUAGGCUUCGUGCGCAUUGUUCUGCACCUCUCUGAGGAAGGGGUAGGUGCCCUGUAAAUCUUUGGAAAAGGUACAUUUUCUUUUCGGCAUAAUUGCUGUGGCAUUACUGCUGUUAGCUGCUAGACAAAGAACAUUCGCACCAGUUAAUGUUUAUUUUAUUGUUGCAUGGCAACACGUUCUGUUGUCUGGAAUAAUGUGGCUAAAUAAACACCCAUGCCACAGGGCCAGGGGGCAGUAACCAGGAAAGUUUGCGAUUCCUGUCAGUUCAUCAAAAUAGUAAAUGCAGACAUUUCUUCGCUAAUGAUUCCCAUGCUGCUCAGUCGCAAACCGGGACAUAUCCGUGUCCCUUCAGACUUUUGUCGGGACUCGGAGGACACAACCCCAAAUCGGGACUGUCCCGGUAAAACCGGGACGUCUGGUCACCCUAAUAAAUAGAAACAAAACCAACCUUGUAGUUCUUCAAGUCUUUUUGCCCAUUGUCUAGUAAUAUAUUUUCUCUUAUAUUUUUCCAUGGUUAUUAUACAAGAUUUAAUCAGUAACAUCAAAUCAAUUGACUGUGAUUUCAGUCAGAGUCUUUGUUCACUCGUAAUGCGUAAGUGUUUGUAUUUUGCUAACUCGUAAUGUACACGUAUCUGUUCCUUAGGUCAUGAUUUUGUCAAUGCUCCUGUUUUACAGUAUCUAAGCCUUGGGUAAUAUCAUUCUUGUCGAGAGUGUCCCCUUUUCAUGUACACAUCAGCAUAAGAACAGUACAUAGUGUCUUGCAAAAGUAUUCAUCCCCCUUGGUGUUUGUCCUGAUUUGUCACAUUAAAAGCUGGAAUUAAAA